AUGGGAAGAUCUCCUUGUUGUGAUAAGAUUAAUGUGAAAAAAGGGCCAUGGUCACCAGAAGAAGAUGCUAAGCUUAAAGAAUUCAUUGAAAAAUAUGGUACUGGUGGAAAUUGGAUUGCUCUUCCUCAAAAAGUUGGACUAAUGAGAUGUGGAAAGAGCUGUAGAUUGAGUUGGAUAAAUUAUCUAAGGCCAAAUAUAAGACAUGGUAAUUUUUCUCAAGAGGAAGAUAGGGUUAUAUGCAGUUUAUAUGCCAGAAUUGGAAGCAGGUGGUCAUUUAUAGCUGCUCAUGCUCAAUUAUCUGGAAGAACCGACAAUGAUAUUAAAAAUUAUUGGAACACAAAGCUUAAGAAGUUCAUAGGGUUUAUUCACUCAUCAUCUAAUAUAUUAUUUCCUCCUACAAGCACUCUUCAAACAACUUUUCAACCCCAAACCCAAUCACAAGCAUCAAUUUCAAGUAUUUUUAGAGAUUCAUAUGUAGAGCCCAUUCCACUAGUCCAACCAAAUUUCAUGUACAACAACAAUAACAUGAUGAACUUUCAAUUAGGUACAAAUAAUCAACAUUCUUAUAAUUUUCAUGAUCAAAGCUUAAUAUAUCCCAUGCAAGCAAUUAGUUCUUGUUCUUCAUCUGAUGGUCUAAGUUGCAACCAAAUUAGCUAUGGCAAUGAGGAAAUGAUGUGUCAAAUUCCUUUUGAAGAAACCCAAAAGUUUACACUUGACAAUUAUUGUACUACUUGGGCUGAUCAUCAAAAGGCAAAUGGAUAUUUUGGGAAUAACUUUCAAAGUAGUCAAUUCCAGUAUGAUGAUUAUACUAAUAUUAAAGAAGUUAAGCAGUUGAUUAGUAGUAGCUCUACUAAUGGUAAUGGAUGUAACAAUGUAGGGUACUGGGAUUAA